AUGAAGGGCUUCGUCACCCUCGCGGCUUUUGCUGCUGGCACUCAUGCUCUCGUUGGCCGCGGCGGUAGUUGCUGCUUCCAGCUUAACAGCCCCUCCGGCCCUGUCGGCCAGCUAAGCGAUGGACAAAACCGUAUCGGUGACCAGACUCUGCCUCCUGCACAGUUUUGUAUCAGCUCAGAUGGCUCAAUCACCGAUGGCAGUGGCCGUGGCUGUAUUCUAACCCCACCCACCACUCAGUUCCAGUGUGAUGUGGGUGCUACUCCUACCUCGGGUUUCUCUAUUAGCUCCACUGGCAUGCUGGAGUUCAACGGAAGCCCUACCUUCAUCGCCUGCCAGACUGGCCAGAACGGUGGCAUGAACAUCCAUACCACCGAAAGCACCCCUCUCGGCCAGUGCAUGAAUGUCGAAUUAACAGCCAACGCAUGCUUCGCCCCUACCUCUACCAAAACCACCUCGUCCGCUAGCACUAGCUGUCCCUCCACCUUGUCGCAAGGCAACUUUGAGUUCCCACACCUAAUCGUCCCUAUCAAUUCAGCGUCUCCCGGAACCGCAGCUGGCACUCAGUUCAACGGCGAGGUGACCUCAACUAUCUCAAGCAUCUUCAACUUCGACAUCCCCUCGUCCGAUUCCGGCAAAACCUGCAGCCUAGUCUUCUCGUUCCCCCAGCAGGCCGAUCUCCAAACCUCGUCCUUCACCCUCAGCGGUGAUGGCAAGGUCGAUAUUGCUAGACUAUCCGGGGCUGCUUCUAGCUCAACUACCUUUAAUAAUGCACCCUCUGUCGCCCAGGACCUAGGUGAUAUCACUAUCUCACCUGGUAACACAUUUGUGGUCUCGACCUUCUCGUGCCCCGCUGGCCAGACUGUUGCCUUCGAGAUGAAGAAUGCUGGCAGCACUAAUCUCAAGUUCUUCGAAGACUUCAACCCCCCUCCGUAA